AUGAAACCAAAUCACCCGCAAAAACCUAUAAUAGCCUGCCCUAACUCUACCUCCACCUCCACCUCUAUCCGCGGCGGCGCUUCUUCGGCUACAACUGGACCUGCCCUUAACAGCUUUACCUCUGAUGUGACUGGAAAAGGGAAGAACAUGUGGGAUGAGUUUGAUGAUCAAGAUGCCGGCGUUGAUGAGCUGUUGGCAGUGUUGGGAUACAAAGUUAAGUCGUCUGAUAUGGUUGAUGUUGCUCAGAAGAUUGAGCAUCUCGAAGGAGUUUUGGGGAACGAUGAUGGGCUGUCUCAAAUUGCUUCCGAUUCCGUUCAUUAUAAUCCUUCUGAUCUCUCGUCGUGGCUUGAAUCCAUGAUUUGUGAGCUUAAUCCCACAACUGAAGCACCAAUGAUUGACGAUUCGUUUAUGAACACCAGCUCAGCUAGCGCCGGCGCCGCUGCUCCCUCGGCGGGUUUAACAUCUGUUUUUGUGGACGAUCUGCAAGCGAUACCCGGGAACGCGAUUUAUCCUCCGGCGAAAAAAGCAAAACAUUCUCCUUCGUCUUCAUCGGGUGCCACAUCCGCCUCGUCUUCGUAUAACUCGAAGCCUAAUCCCAACUCGAAUUCGGUGGUGCUUGUGGAUUCACAAGAAAAUGGGAUCCGGCUUGUGCAUACUUUAAUGGCGUGCGCUGAAGCUAUUCAACAAGAGAAUCUCUCUCUCGCUGAAAAUUUGGUUAAACAAGCCGGGAUGUUGGCUGUGUCUCAAGCUGGCGCCAUGAGGAAAGUCGCUACUUAUUUCGCCGAGGCACUUGCCCGGCGAAUUUACCGGUUAGCCCCACAGACAACGCAGGACUCUCCGGCGUUUCAAGAUCUCCUACAGAUGCAUUUUUACGAGACGUGUCCGUACCUCAAAUUCGCACACUUCACGGCGAAUCAAGCAAUAUUAGAAGCUUUCGCAGGGAAGAAGAAAGUUCAUGUGAUUGAUUUCAGUAUGAAACAAGGGAUGCAGUGGCCGGCGUUGAUGCAAGCUUUGGCUCUAAGACCCGGUGGUCCUCCAACGUUCCGCUUAACCGGAAUCGGGCCUCCCUCCGGUGACAAUACCGAUCAUUUGCAGGAAGUGGGUUGGAAAUUGGCUCAAUUAGCUGAUACAAUCCACGUUGAGUUUGAAUACAGGGGAUUCGUCGCGGAGAGCUUGGCGGAUCUUGAACCGGCGAUGCUUGAUUUAAGAGACGACGAGGUGGUCGCCGUUAACUCGGUUUUUGAGCUUCAUCAACUGUUAGCUAGACCAGGGGCGGUCGAGAAGGUUCUAUCGGCGGUUAAGGAAAUGAAACCGGUGAUUUUAACGGUGGUGGAGCAGGAAGCUAAUCAUAACGGGUUGGUUUUUCUGGAGAGGUUUACCGAGUCAUUACAUUAUUACUCAACCCUGUUUGACUCGCUUGAGAGCAGUGGCACCGGCGGCGGAGGCGUUGAAGGCGGUGCUAUUUCUCCGGCGAGCAACCAAGAUAAAAUCAUGUCGGAAGUGUAUCUUGGAAAGCAGAUCUGUAACGUGGUUGCAUGCGAAGGACCAGACCGAGUCGAAAGGCACGAAACAUUGACUCAGUGGAAGGCUCGACUCGACUCAUCCGGUUUUGAAGCGGUUCAUCUCGGCUCCAACGCGUUCAAGCAAGCCAGCAUGUUGUUGGCUCUAUUCGCCGGCGGCGACGGCUACCGAGUUGAAGAAAACAACGGUUGUUUGAUGCUGGGUUGGCACACUAGACCACUAAUCACCACCUCCGCUUGGAAGCUCCGGUGA